AUGGCUAAGUCGAAAUCGAAGUCUACCAGGAAAUUUGAGAAGAAUCAUCUCAAAGACACCAUUGAUCGAAGGAAGAACUUCGCCAAAGUCAAGCAAAGACAUCAAAUCAAGGCAAAGAAGCAGAAACAAGCUGCCAGAUCAAAUGCUAAGCAUGGCGCGCCUGAAGAGGACGAAGAUAAUGGCGAGCUGGAAGGUGACGGUGGCGAGGACAUGAACGACGAUCAAUUCUUUCAAGAGGAAUUGCAGAUACUUGCUGCCUCAGCUAGCAAGGGAGGCAAAGCCUCAAAGAAGGAUGUGCCACUACAGACGGGAAAGAGAAAAAGACAGGAUGAAAAUGAUAAUGGGACAAGAGCAGCAGAGCAGAACGAAGGAGGUAUCAACGGCACAUCCGGGUCUGGUUCUGACUCAGAGUCCGCAUCAGUGAUCGAGGAUGAGAUUGUUGAUCAUAAAGGCCAGCUCAACGCUCUUGCGGAGAAGGAUCCGGAGUUCUACAGAUUCCUUAAAGAGAACGAUGCGGAUCUACUCGAUUUUGACGACGAGGGAGAUCUGGCAGGCGUUGAUGCUUUAAGUGACAGUGAGGGCGACGAGAGACCCAUAAAGAAAGCGAAACGAAAACCCAAGGUAGCUGAAAGCGAAUUGGAAAGGGAUCAGACAACCAAGGUCUCUACAGCCAUAGUGCAGAAAUGGAAGAAAGCAAUGGUGGAACAGCACUCAAUCAGAGCUUUGAGGCAGCUAGUUCUGGCAUUCCGAGCGGCCGCGCACGCCAAUGAUGAAGACGAGAAGCAGUUCAAAUACUCAAUUCCUGACCCAGAGGUCUACCAUGAAAUCGUCGUCUCCUCAUUAAAACAUGUUCCGGCGGUAUUGAAUCACCACUUACCCGUCAAAGAGACUGGCGCUGGCAAGCUACGAAUACCGACUGACACCGCGAAGUUUAAGACAUUAACACCUCUUAUCAAAUCACAUGCUUCAUCUGUUCACUACCUCCUUUCGCAUCUCUCUGAUGCUUCGACUCUCCGGCUGACAUUGCAAUCGUUCGACCCUCUACUACCCUAUCUACUGCAGUUUCGCAAAUUUUUGAAGGUUAUCACAAAUUCAGUGGUUGCCAUAUGGUCAGAUCAUUCUGCUGCAGAAGCCAGCCGCGUCACAGCCUUCCUCAUACUGCGCCGGUUGAUGGUGAUUGGAGAUCCUGGCAUUCGUGAAGCUGUCCUCAAAUCAACUUAUGAAGGUAUUGUCAAGAGUAGCCGGAACGCUACCAUCCACACUCUACCCGGUAUCAACCUUAUGAAGAAUUCAGCUGCCGAAAUCUGGGGCAUCGACCAGAAAGUAAGCUACACUACAGGUUUCACAUUCAUUCGCCAGCUUGCCAUUCAUCUGAGAGGAAACAUAACGAAGCCAACGAAGGACUCAUACAAAACGAUCUACAACUGGCAGUUUGUCCACUCCUUGGAUUUCUGGUCUCGCGUGCUAUCGACACACUGUAACUCUCUGGUUGAAGCUCAAAAUGGCAAAGAGUCACAAUUGCGACCCUUGAUAUACCCGAUCGUGCAGAUCACGCUUGGUGUAAUGCGUCUUAUUCCCACAUCAACAUAUUUUCCUCUGCGUUUCCAACUCGUUCGAUCACUGUUGAGAAUAUCCAACGCUACAGGAACUUAUAUUCCUUUGGCAUCGGUGCUUCUAGAAGUUCUGAACUCUGCCGAGAUGAAGAAGCCACCGAAACCCGCGACACUGCGGCCUCUUGACUUCUCAUCCAAUAUUCGAGCGCCUUCCUCAUACCUAAAGACCCGUGUCUACCAGGACGGCGUGGGUGAGCAGGUCGUUGAAUUGUUCUCUGAAUUUUUCGUGCUCUGGGCCAAGUCCAUUGCCUUCCCCGAACUCCAACUUCCAGUAAUUGUAAUGCUGAAAAGGUGGCUACGUAUGGCUUCUUCGAAAGCAACAGGAAAUAAGAAUGCAAAGCUCAACCAGGGUCUAUUGUUGCUAGUUCAAAAGUUGGAAGCAAACGCUCGGUGGAUUGAGGAGAGGAGGAACAAAGUCCAAUUCUCGCCAAAGGAUCGUGCAGAGGUGGAAGCAUUCUUGAAGGAUGAUGCAUGGGAGGACACACCGUUGGGCGCAUUUGUUGUGGGACAGAGGAAGCUAAGGGAGGAAAGAAAAAGGGUACUUGAGCAGGGACGGCACGAGGAAGAUAAGAAGAAGAAGGUAGCCCGUAGUGAGCAGGAUGGUGAUGGUGAUAUGGGUGAUAUGAAUGGCAAUGGUGAGCACAUUCCUGUUGGUCGUUAG